GUUACAAAUCAUCAUCCAUCGAAAGCGAAGUCUCCUACUCGAAACAAGAUACUUCCACUGUUAAAACACUUCCAGUACUCUCUCUCUCUCUCUCUCUCAAACACACACAAGAUCGAUCGACGAAGUUGGAGUCGUAAUCGCAGUCUUCUAGCUUCACUGAUAUACAUAUCCGGCGAGCACCCUCAUAGAAAUGGGCGCGUUGGCUGUUCAUAGCGGUGGUAAUGUUUGCAUGUGGCCUCACAAUUGCCAUCACCAUCGAAUUCCAAGGACUACUGGAGUAGCCGUAGCAGCGAAAAGAAAGGUCAACAAUUUCCAUACUCGGGCAGCACGCCAGGUGGUGAUUGCUGACAAACCAACAGGGUCAGCAGAUUCAAAACUGAAAGAUCUCAUUUGGCCUUCCCCGAGUGAUGAAAUCCCCUUCUGGAAGAGGGAUUUCCCUUCAUGGGAUGUGAGCUCAGAACAUCCAGUUGAUGGAGAGAAGGAUUCUGAUCCUAUGCACAUAGUUCACGUGACGGCUGAAAUGGCACCAAUAGCAAAAGUCGGUGGUCUGGGUGAUGUUGUCACUGGACUCGCCCGCGCGUGUUUAUCUCGUGGCCAUAAAGUGGAUAUCAUGCUACCUUUAUACGAGUGUAUCCAGAAGCAGCAGAUCAAUGAGCUGGCACUACUCACUACGUAUAACUCAUACCAUGAUGGAAAUUGGGUGCCAACUAAUGCAUACACUGGGUUAGUGUCAGGCAUCCCAGUUAUAUUUAUUGAACCAUCCAACCAAUUCUUCAAGGGGCAACAUGUAUAUGGAGGCUCCUAUAAUGAGCUGGAGGCGUACCUAUUCUUUAGCCGUGCUUGCCUUGAGUGGAUGCAGGUGACUGGAACACAACCUGAUAUAAUCCACAUUCACGAAUGGCAGACGACUGGUUUACCGCUGCUUUACUGGGAUAUGUACCAUUACCUCUCACUCCAGAAACCGCGAAUAGUGCUGACAAUCCACAACAUGGAACACUAUGGGGAGUGCACCCAAGAGCAACUCAGUAAGUGCGGGCUUGACGGAUCUAUAUAUGCAACUGUUGAAAAGGCUGUUGACGAUCGAACUAUUGGUCACAAUCCUGAGAGAUUGUGCUUAUUGAAAGGAGGCAUUGUAUAUAGCAAUGCAGUAGUCACAGUCUCUCCAACAUAUCUUCGGGAGACACUCUGUUCUGGAUGGCUCACAGGCACUUUGAUAAGAAAUCGUGAUAAGUACUUCGGUAUUUUAAAUGGGAUAGAUACCACGGUGUGGAACCCUGCCACAGAUGUUUUCUUGCCUGCCAAAUUUAGUGCUCAAAUAACUGAGGGCAAGGAGAUAUGCAAACUCUUUGUUCAAAGGGGGCUUGGACUGGUUUCAGAGGACAUAUCUACUUCUAGAAUUACACGCAGGGUACCCUUGGUUGUAUGCAUAACUCGAUUGGUUGCUCAAAAGGGUCUUCAUCUGAUAACUCAUGCAAUUAAGCACGUCGAGGAACUCGGGGGACAAUUGGUGGUGCUGGGAAAAGCUUCAGACGGCAGGGUUGAGAGAGAAUUUGAGGCUUUUGCAGAUAUGCAUAGUCAAGGAUCAAGCAUCCGAAUUCUGCUGAUGUACAGUGAAGAGCUGGCACACAUGCUAUAUGCUGCGGCAGACAUGGUGUUAGUUCCUUCCAUAUAUGAGCCAUGUGGACUCGCCCAGAUGAUUGGAAUGCGUUAUGGAGCGGUCCCAAUAGUUAGGAAGACUGGUGGUCUUGCUGAUACAGUUUUUGAUAUGGAUGACCAGUCACAUGCUGAGAUGGCUAAUGGGUUUGUCUUUGAAGGAAUUGAUGAAGGAUCCUUGAAUUGGGCUCUAGACCGCGCAUUUUCUCACUACAGAGAAAAACUAAAUGAAUGGAACGACGUCGUACGGAAGAUUAUGGAAAUCGAUAAUAGCUGGAAUAACACGGCUGGGAAAUAUAUUGAUGUGUACAGCUCUAUCAGAGUGCGAUCGGAUUGACCGUCUUCAGAAUACAAUUGGAUAGUGUACAUAUGCCGUGCAUACCUCCUUGAUCUUCAUGCUCCGCUAUCUGAAAUUGUAUACAUAAUUUAUUUUUGAAGUAUAGAACAUAUCACUAUGUCUUCCAAUUUUUAGAACUCUAUGGUCCACCCAUGGAAACAUCAAUAUUUUUUUGGGGGUGUUAGGCAUUUUUUGGCACAUGUUAAGCAUUUUUUGGUUAGUUAUGCAAGGGUGUAUCUUGAAAGUGUAUGGUACACAUGAUUUUGAAACAUGGUACACAAUUUUUUUUUGGUUCA